CCCUCCCUCCCCUCGCCCGCCCUUCUUACUUUUCUCCGCUCAUCGGCCAUCACUUAAGCGAGUGCCGGGAAGUUCUGUCCACAGUCUGUUUCUGCUCUCCAAGAUGUCGCCGAGUCCGGUCUUCGCUCUGCCUUGCCUCACCGUCCUCCUCGUCCUCGCUUUUUCCAGUGUCGGGGAAAGUACCAACAACCCGAAACCAGCAGACGUCAAAGAGGCCGCGCGACCCGUCUUCAUGCCCGAGACGGACGCUGCGACUUUUUUCAAACGCCGGAGUCGCCGCUCUGUGAGAUACUACGAGCAGCUGGCCGAGCAGCGGAUGCAUCGGGCCAACUCGGAGAGCCGCAGGGAGCACAACGAGGAGCAACGCAACGAGUACGAGAACUACGCCGAAGAGGAUCGGACCGAGCAACGGGAAAGAACGAGGGAGAAACAAGAGCAAGUCCGAGAGUACAACUAUGACGGCCGCUAUCCUCGAUAUCACUGGUUCCACUAAAGUGCGCUCAAAGCCAAAGUGAAGCGUGUGUUUUAACCUUUUCAGGUACGGCGGUCGCUACGGUGCAUGGCUUGUCAUGUGAUCAGGUGACAGGGUGCGUGAAAGCGUU